AUGGCUAGCCGAGUUUCCUCGCCGUCAACUGCGAUCCACCCUGCCUUGGCGCACACGACGCCUCUUAAAGGACUGGAGCCGUUUUCAACUGAUCGCACCGACAACCUCACCGAACAACGUCCCAGGACUUCCUACAACACCAUAUCGCAGUCUGCCCUUCUCACCGGCGACAGUUCAUCGCCCCUCACCGAUCUUCAGGGCACGUCACAUUCAGAAGCAAAGGACGAACAGACCCAACAGGCGCUCCAGCAGUAUGUGGAUCGCCUAGGUGAGCCAGCCGCCUUGUGCAGACCACAGUCUGCCCGUGCCCACCACGGCACUCUCGAUUCGGUUCCCCGCCAAACGAUCAUCAAAGCUCUUGCUUCUGUCGCACGAAGCCACAAGCCUGAAGCUCUCUCGCUCGGCUGUGUGCUGAACGCCACCAUGCAAACCUCGCUGCCGGUUGUCGAGGUUGCCUCGGACAGCCAGCCGGCUACCGGUGGAGAUAUGGAUGCCCAGCUGCCGGCAUCUCUGCAGCCGCCUGCGACUGCGCAAUUCCAGCCUGCCACCGGUAAGGAGUCGUCGUCACAGCAGCUUUGCGAUGCUCUCAACGACCUCGCCCUGCGCAGUAAUGCUACCCCUACGACGUCUGCUGCAGCCGCGGCCUUUUCCGGUCUGAAGUCGCCUUGCUACUACCACGAACGCUUCGACGACGCCGUCGACAUUGAGAAGGUUCUGGAAGAGAUCAAGAACGACGAGUACAUGUCUCACUCGCGGCUGGUACAGACUGCCACAGGAGUGCGUGAGGUUUCCAAGCAGCUGCAGCGCCGGCCCAUCAAGCGCGCUGUGCGAAAUAUCAUGAUUGUCACCAAGGCACGCGACAACCAGCUCGUUAUCUUGACGAGAGAGCUCACGCAGUGGCUGCUGUCUACGCCUCGGUAUGGUUCGGACGUUGGUGUCAACGUUUAUGUCGAUGCCAAGCUCCGCAACUCGAAGCGCUUUGGUGCUACCAGCCUUGUGGCCGCCGAUCCCCGCUUCGAGUCCAUGCUGCGGUACUGGACCCCAGAUCUGUGCUGGAGCCAACCUGAGAAGUUUGAUCUCGUCGUCACACUCGGCGGCGACGGUACCGUGCUCUUCACGUCGUGGCUGUUCCAGCGCAUUGUGCCUCCUGUGCUGUCUUUCAGUCUGGGAAGUCUCGGUUUCCUCACGACGUUUGAAUUUGAGCGUUUCCGCUACCACCUAGACCGCAUAAUGGGCAACGAAGGCAUGCGCGUGAACCUGCGCAUGCGUUUCACUUGCACCGUCUACCGCGACGGCACUACCCCUGGUGCGCAGCCAGAGGAGGGUGAACAGUUCGAGGUUCUCAACGAGCUUGUCAUCGACCGUGGCCCGUCACCUUAUGUUUCCAACCUGGAACUCUACGGUGACGACGAGCUCCUGACUGUCGUCCAGGCCGACGGCUGCAUCUUCUCCACCCCGACAGGUUCCACUGCUUAUUCUCUGUCUGCUGGCGGAUCACUUGUGCAUCCGGACAUCCCAGCGAUCCUGCUUACUCCGAUCUGCCCUCAUACACUGUCUUUCCGUCCCAUGGUGCUUUCAGACACUAUGCUCCUGCGUGUGUCCAUCCCACGCAACAGCCGCGCCACUGCUUACUGUGCCUUUGAUGGCAAGGGCCGCGUUGAGUUGAAACAAGGUGACUGUGUCACCAUCACUGCGUCGCAGUACCCGUUUCCUACUGUCACCCGCACCGAUACUGAGUGGUUUAACUCGGUUUCGCGCACCUUGCGCUGGAAUACGCGUGCCGCCACGCAGAAGGGCUUUGAUGCCAGCCUGGGGGAGAGCGUCAGCGACCUGGCGUCUAAAGAUGAAGUUGACUGGGACAUUGAUACCGACUCCGGCUACUAUGCCAGCGAGGAAGGCAGUGUCGCUGCCAGCCCGCUGCGGCGGCAGAUGAGUCUUCUCGGCAUGUGA